GUGAAGAAGAGUGGGUUGAAAGGUCAGCAGUGACGUUACGACGACAGAGUAUCGUGGAGCCGAAUGUAACUCGGCUAAUGAGCUAGCAGACAACAUGGCUAAACAUCAUCCGGAUUUGAUUUUCUGCAGAAAACAAGCAGGCGUCGCUAUCGGGAGGCUUUGUGAAAAAUGUGACGGGAAGUGCGUUAUCUGUGACUCUUACGUGCGGCCUUGCACACUUGUACGCAUAUGUGAUGAAUGUAACUACGGCUCGUAUCAAGGGCGCUGUGUGAUCUGUGGAGGUCCAGGGGUAUCAGAUGCCUACUACUGCAAGGAAUGCACCAUUCAGGAGAAAGAUCGAGACGGUUGUCCGAAGAUCGUGAACCUCGGCAGUUCUAAGACUGACCUCUUUUAUGAAAGAAAAAAAUAUGGCUUCAAAAAGAGGUGAAGACGUGGGACUUUGGAAGAUCACCUUUUACAUGUUUUCAGCAGCUAUCUUUUGUACAAGUAUUCUUUUUUUCCAAUGUAAUAAAUAAAACUGAUCUACAGUA